CUGUCAUGCUCUCACUUUGCGCAAAGCUCUAUCAGCAAUGGGACUGAAAUAAUCAUAACUACAGUUAACAUGGCUUCUCAAGAGGAACCUGUUGUGAAGCCAGAUAUAGCAACAAUAGAAGUUGUAUCUAUUACAGAGGAGGAGUUGCCAGCCAUUGAAGAUUGUUUUACACAGGCAGAUGGGCUUGAGGCAGCUACAGUUAAACCAGCUGAAAAUGGACUAGAUGCGACAAAGACAUUAAAGUGCUAUAUUCUUGCCUAUAAGAAGGCUCUCCUCGUUGCCUGCUGCGUGCUAGUUGUAUUGAUCCUUUCCGUAGCGAUUGGAGUAAGUGUGACCUACAGCUGUACAGGAAAGUUUAGGUGUGGAACAUCUUCCCAAUGUGUCAGAAAGACAGCCCGAUGUGAUGGGGUGACAGACUGUGACCAGGGAGAGGAUGAGUUUAGAUGUGUCAGACUCAGUGGAAGAAAUUCAGUGCUCCAGAUUUAUACUGGUGGAUCAUGGAAAACUGUUUGUUCAGAAGACUGGAAUGAAACGUAUGGAAAUACAGCCUGCAGGCAGCUGGGAUAUUCCAGAUAUGGAAAUUCCAGUUCCCUUCUUGUAUCUGAGAUUGAGUACCAGUUCCAAAAGGACCUAAUAUCAAUCAGUUUAAGCCAGCCUCCUGGCCAUAUUUUCAAGAUUCACAAUGUGACACAUAUAAGCAGGACCCAUUGUACCUCUGGCAAAGUGACCUCAUUAAAAUGUUUAGAGUGUGGUUCAAGGCCCAGAUACAGCCCCCGGAUUGUUGGAGGCAAUGAAUCCAAAGUGGGGCAGUUUCCAUGGCAGGUUAGUCUGCACUUUGAGAGGGAGCACCUCUGUGGAGGUUCAAUCAUAACAUCUAGAUGGAUACUAACAGCAGCUCACUGUGUUUACGGAUUUGCUUUCCCUUCUUCUUGGACAGUACAUGUUGGUAUUACUGACCAACCUGUGACAGGGGGCAUGGCUUAUACUGUAAAGAAGAUAAUGCAUCAUAGAAAGUACAGACCCAAAUCUUUACAUUAUGACAUUGCAUUAAUGAAGCUGACUACAUCGAUUAUAUUUGAUGGUAAUGUGGAGCCAAUAUGCCUUCCAAAUUAUGGUGAAGAGUUUGCAGAUGGAAAAAUGUGUUGGAUUUCAGGCUGGGGUGCAAUGUAUGAUGGAGGAGAAGGUACUGUUGCUAUGAACUACGCUCAGAUACCUCUGCUGUCCAACAAAGUGUGCAAUCAGCCUGAUGUGUAUCAAGGCUUUAUAACUCCUACCAUGAUUUGUGCUGGAUAUUUAGAAGGUGGUAUAGAUUCCUGCCAGGGAGACAGUGGCGGACCAUUGGCUUGUGAAGAUUCAAAUGUCUGGAAGUUAGCUGGAGCUACAAGCUGGGGACUGGGAUGUGCAGAAAAAAACAAACCAGGAGUCUACACCAGAAUCACUGAAUGCCUAGAUUGGAUCCAUGAGCAGAUGGAGAGAGAAGAGGCACUUUUCUGAAUGUUCAUCACCUAUUCUUCAACUUCAAUGUUACAAAGCAUGUUUAUUUUUUCACAAUACCAAAUUGUUUUGUAAAUUGUAUAUAUUUGUAUUGUUCACUGAAUUUAUACAAAAGCAAGAAUUGUCCUAUUCUUUUCAUUGGCAAUAUCUGAAAACAUCCCCAAACAAAUGUACCAUUUUUUUCCAUCAAUGGUCAUCUGGUUACGAGUAGCUAAUUGAUCUAAAAAUUCUUAGCAUCAACAUCAUGGCUAGGUAACCCAUUCCAAAGCCUCGCCCCUGUGUAAAGAACUGUCUCCUACCCUCUGUCAUAAGUCUAGUUCCACUUAAUUUGUAAGUGUGUCCUUAUUUCUGUGAUGCACUUGAAGUAUUGGUUAAAGUUAAGUUUGUCAACUCCUGUUAUUUUUUUUACUAUGAACAUUUUCUUUAUACAGCCAAGAACUAAAAAUGGGAAAUAAAGCUUCAAAAAAGGCCAGUUUUGGUACAGCACCAUUGUGUAAUAGAAUUGAAGCUGAUUUUCUACACUGAUUUUAGUGAAGCUGAAAUUUUCUGGACCCUGGUGCAAGAAAGUUAAGUGCCAGUGUAAAAAAAGUUUCUAGGUACUAGAUAUUGUUCAAAUUAAUCAUGCCUGCUUGUAGACUGUACCUGUCUCUCUUUUAUCAUCUUGAUCAGCAUUUUCUAACAACAUAAAGGCUUGUUUCAAAGAAUGUUGUGGUAACUAAUUAAUGCAUUAAAAAUGUGUAUAAUUGAGACGGCUUUCUAAACAAUAAUGGGCAUUCCUGAAAGAUCUGUGCUGUCCACAGGCAUACAAAUGAUUUGAAUUCACCUCUUGCAGGAAAAAAGCUGUUGUACCUCCCUUAUUGCUGUACCUUAUGUACACUAUGCAUAGAGUAUGUGAUUUUGAGUUUGCCUGGAUCACAACUCUGAUGCUGUGUAAGAGAAAGCACACUGGGAAGCCAAACAAUUCUUGCAGCUUCUCAGAACACAUAUGCCUUAGAUUUAGAUGUAUCCUACUCCUCAGUUCACUUAAUGUCUUUAGGUGGCCUUCUGUAUUUUUAUUUCUGAUAAAUGCUGCCAAAAACAAAACAUGAAUAAUUUGUAAUAUUAUUAUUAUUUGUUUAUUUAGCAGACGUCUUUAUCCAAGGCGACUUACAGAGUCUAGGGUGUGUGAACUAUGCACCAGCUGCAGAGUCACUUACAAUUACGUCUCACCCGAAAGACGGAGCACAAGGAGGUUAAGUGACUUGCUCAGUGUCACACAAUGAGUCAGUGGCUGAGGUGGGAUUUGAACCGGGGACCUCCUGGUUACAAGCCCUUUUCUUUAACCACUGGACCACACAGCCUCCCAUAAUAGAAAAGGUUAAGACUGUGCACUGUUUAGCAGUUAUAAUAAUAGACUACAUGCAUGCUUCAGCUGUGGGUAAGACAGUCCAGAAGUGGUUCCUGGCUCGUAUGCCCUCUUCAGUGGAU